AUGUCUGCAGAGGCAGCCAUGUCUAUGUGUGACCCUGAAUUUGGCAGUGGCAAGGUGAAGGAGCCAAGCAUGGGGGGCAGGUCGCGUGGGUCCUGGUACGAGCGGUUCAUGCAGCCCUGCCUGGUUGAACUGCUAGGCUCAGCCCUGUUCAUCUUCAUCGGGUGCCUGUCGGUCAUCGAGAAUGGGGUGGACACUGGGAGGCUGCAGCCGGCCCUGGCCCAUGGGCUGGCCCUGGGCCUCAUCAUCGCCACGCUGGGGAACAUCAGUGGUGGACACUUCAACCCUGCGGUGUCCCUGGCAGCCACGCUGAUUGGAGGUCUCAACCUGACGAUGCUCCUUCCUUACUGGAUCUCCCAGCUGUGUGGGGGGCUGAUUGGGGCUGCCUUGGCCAAGGCGGUGAGUCCUGAGGAGAGGUUCUGGAAUGCAUCUGGGGCGGCCUUUGUGACAGUCCAGGAGCUGGAGCAGGUGGCAGGGGCAUUGGUGGCAGAGAUCGUCUUGACAACACUGCUGACACUGGCCGUAUGCAUGGGUGCUAUCAAUGAGAAAACACAGGGCCCUCUGGCUCCAUUCUCCAUUGGCUUCUCCGUCACCGUGGAUAUCCUGGCAGGGGGUGCUGUGUCAGGAGCCUGCAUGAACCCUGCCCGUGCCUUUGGACCUGCUGUGGUGGCCAACUACUGGAACUUCCACUGGAUCUACUGGCUGGGCCCACUCCUGGCCAGCCUGCUUGUAGGAGCACUCAUCAGGUUGCUCAUUGGAGACGGGAAAACUCGCUUAAUCCUAAAGGGACGGUGAAGCUGAGAUGGUGGAAUUCCUACCACUCCAGUUGCCCUCAGUGGACCCAUCCUGGACUGCAGACAGGACAGCUUCUCAUUUCCUGCUAGGGCAGAGGCCCAGAGGAGCAACUGACCUGGGUCUGGCUUCUUGGAUAGACAGACAACUGCUAAGUCCUGAGGAUGCUCUAGGUUCUUUGAAUUCCUUUGU